UCGAACCCACAACCUUGGCGUUGCAAACGCCAUGCUCUACCAACUGAGCUACACGGGACUUCAGCCAGCCAGUCUGUCUCAAAUAUUAAAUGGAAAGGCAAAGGUGGGAAGUAUACCAAGGAAGACUUCAAGGCCUAUGAAAAAUACGUGGUAUCCAAAUGAGCUCUUAAGGAUAAAGUCAAACCCAAGCAAGACUCCAAGUACGACCUGCUUUUAGAGGAAGAAGGAAUGAGCCAUCAGCAUGCUGAGAAGAAACACAGACAAGAAGCACAAUCACUCAGUCAACGAGGACACCAGGAAGUCCAAGAAAUCCAAGUGGGACAGUGAGGAGCCCCGGCAGGAGAAAAAGACACAGGCAGUGUUCUCGCUCCAGGGAAAGAGACGGAGACGGCCACCAUCAGCACAGCAAGUCCCGUGAAAAGCACCGCCCAGAGGGCCGUGACAAGGGCCACAGGGAGAGUAGCCAUAGUCACUCACCCAAGAAGUCUAAAGACAAGGAGAGGAGCAGACACCGAUGAUGAGAGAGGGAGAGGAACGAGGUUGAGAGCCAGAGGUUACCUCACCUCACCCCCUGGCCUUUCUGCACCUGUCAGAUCUUCCAAAACUGAUGCUGUUGUUGUGGAAACCGUGAUGAAGUGAUAGAAAAGGGAGGCGAGGAGGAUUCCCCAACAGACAAGAGUCCUGACAGGAGCCUGGAAGGAGGACACUACUACUUAGACACUGACAGACCGGAGGCAGAGUGCCACACUGAGCCACGAAGCAGCAUGGACCAGCAGCAUGGAAAAGUGGAGCGCUUCCUCAAGCUGGGCUACUCCCAUAGUGACAUUGUGCGUGUGCUGGACAGCCUGCGCCAUGACGCCCAGACCAACGAAAUACUGGAAGAGCUGAUCAAGACCUGCCAAACCACCACUACAACAACCACCACCCCAUCCAUACCAGCCAGCCACUCAGUCCACUCCAGCCCACAGCUCGUCCCCCGAGGCUGCAGCUCUCCCCAGCCCAGCCAGUCCCUACGGCCCAGCUCAGCUACAGACAGGGAUCCCACUUUGGGAUUCAGACCGGUGGUAAUUGAUGGGAGCAAUGUGGCCAUGAGCCAUGGCAACAAGCAAGUGUUUUCAUGCCGGGGGCUGCUGCUGGCAGUCAGGUGGUUUUUGGAGAGAGGUCUCCGUGACAUCACAGUGUUCGUGCCCCUGUGGAGAAAGGAGCAACCCCGUCCUGAGGCCCCCAUGACAGAUCAGCACAUCCUCCAUGAGCUGGAGAAGAGGAAGAUCUUGGUGUACACCCCGUCACGCUGCGUCAACGGGAAGAGAGUGGUGUGCUAUGACGACCGCUACAUCAUCAAACUGGCCUACGAGUCCGACGGCAUCGUUGUGUCCAAUGACAACUACAGAGACCUGCAGAUAGAGAAGCCAGAGUGGAAGAAGUUCAUAGAGGAAAGGCUGUUGAUGUACAGCUUUGCCAAUGACAAGUUCAUGCCUCCAGAUGAUCCUCUGGGAAGGAAUGGCCCGACAAUUGACAACUUUCUGAGGAAAAAGCAGUGGACCUCAGAAAACAAGCAGCAGCAUUGCCCGUAUGGGAAGAAGUGUACUUAUGGAGUGAAGUGCAAGUUCUACCACCCAGAGCGCUCCAACCAAUCACAGCUGUCUGUGGCAGAUGAGCUUAGAGCCAAGAGCAAACCUGCUGCUCAGACAGACAGGGAGUGGCCAUUUCUCCCCUCAGGGCCCAGGCAGGAGCCCCAUAUCUACACAUCCCCUUAUGAGCUGGAUCACACUACUAAUAAUCUAUACAGAUAUCCAUCCACACCGCCUCCCUUUAGAAAAAAUGAACAUUCCCAUUCCCAUUCCCACAGGGCUUCGCCUAGUGAUCAGUUCACCAGCCAGAGAGAAACAGGCAGCCCAGCUCUACACCAGAAGUCCAGCCUCCGCCUCUGCCCCAGCCCAGACACUGACGAGGCCUUUGGCUCCCUGGAGGCCUCCCUAUCCAUACUUUAUGUCCAGGACCAGACCAACAACACCAAGGGGCCGGAGGUGUCUUACACAUACAGCAGCGGGGUGGCCGGCUGCAGUCAGGGCAGUGGGGACGUCUACCCCUCCAGCACUUACAGCAGCCACAGUCACGGCAGCAACACACAGAGGCUCAGCCUGGGUGGGCCCUCCUCGGGAGUCCACUAUGCCCCCCAAAGACUGCCACAGUGUGGCUGUGACCACUCACAAAGCUGUGAGUGCAGCCAGUGCAUGUACGGCCACCAGCAUCUCCAGCCACAGCUAAGAAAGAGCUCCUAUGCUGUUCACAGUCACCCCAUCCAUUCCACAGAGCAGCUGUACUUUCAGAGUCCUCUCCCACAAAGGCAGAGUCACAGCCUCCCAGAACAUAGCCUGGGACAGGGCCUCUCUGGUGAGAGAGUGGAGAUGACCAGGUCCAAUGCAGGUAAAGCUCCAGAUAGUGAGCAGAGGAGGUGUGUGAAGAACCAGCUGAGCACCCUCUUCCCCCCCAGCAUGGUAGACUAUGUGAUGUGUCUGUACCCACACACCCUCAACAUGUCAGAGCUGGUGCCUCUGAUCCAGAGGUUCAAAACCAGCCACGUUCCCUUCUAACGUGCAAGACCUGUGAUCCUUUCUCUGUAAGCAUUAAACACAGUCAAGUGCAAUGCACUACCGUCUCCUGAAUGAUGCUAGUUCAUUUUGAAUCUAGCAUUGACUUAAAGAUUAUCAAAGCAGCAUGUGUUGUUUUAUCAUGUAGCCUCAAACUGAGGGAAGGUAUUCGACAAAAUGGGUUUUUCCCUGUACGGUAUGCAGAAUAAUACUGUCCUUGUCAUUUGUUUGUUGUCCAUAUUAAACAUAAGUCCUUGAAAA